ACGCCAUCUAUACGACGGCUAAACCCUGCAGUCCGAAACCUAGCGAUUGCUAAUCAACAGAGUCCCCAACUCCACCAAUGGCGGCGGCACUGCGUCGAUCUCUAAGAAUCCCCCUCUUCCGCCGCCGCUUCUCCGCUCUCUCAACCGCCGCCACCACCGCCACUUCACCCACUCCCUCCUCCGAUCCAAUAUCCGCCGCUAAGUCCGCCAUCCGCUCCGAGUGCGACCCCGACCGUCUCGUCUCCCUCUUCGAGUCCGCCGCACACGACCCUUCCUUCUACGACGACCGCCCAAUCUACCGCUUCUCGAUCCAGAAGCUCGCUCGCCACCACCGCCCGGACCUCAUCGAGCGCCUCCUGGAGGGCGCCAAGUCCAACCCCGACCCCCCUAAGUCGGAGGGUUUCCUCCUCCGCCUGCUCUCUCUCUACUCCGAAGCCGGCAUGCCCGACCAUGCCUUCCGCACCUUCGAGGCCAUGCCUGGCCUCGGCUGCCGGCGCACGGAUCGAUCGCUCUGCGCCCUCUUGUCGGCCUUUCUAAAGAACGACUGCGUCGAUCGCCUUCAGGACGUCUUUGAUCGUGCCGCCGUUGAGUUCGGGAUCGCUCCGGGCAUCGCCUCUUACAAUGUCCUACUCAGAGCUCUCUGCUCGAUCGACGAGGUUGAGAAGGCACGCGCCUUGCUUGAUGAAAUGCCUGAUAAGGGCGUGGAGCCCGACAUCAUUUGCUACAACACAGUCUUGGAAGGGUAUUUAAAGAAGGGGGAUUAUUCUGGAUUCGAUGAGUUUCUCAAAGAGUUCAAUAGGAAGAAAUUUAGCCCAAAUGUGGGCACUUUUAAUUGUAGGAUUGCUGCGCUUUGUGCACAAGGUAAGAGCUUCCAGGCAGAGGAGUUGUUGGAUGUGAUGCAAUCUAAAACAAUCCAGCCGAAUAGGCUUAGCUUCAAUACCUUGAUCGAUGGCUUUUGCAAAGAAGGGAACAUGGAUUCAGCUAUGAAGGUUUUCGAGAGGAUGAAGGGGUUCAAGAGGCCCGAUGACACUCGUGUUUCACCCGAUUUCAAGACAUACACUACAUUGCUGGAGGAUUUGGUUGAGAAAGAAGAGUUUGGAAAAGGAGUAGAGAUUUGCAAAGAGUGUUUGAAAAAGAAAUGGGCACCGCCAUUUGAGACUGUGAAAGGAUUGAUCGAUGGAUUGGUGAAGAGUUCACGUGUAAACGAGGCAAAGGAUGUCAUCUCAAGGAUGGGGAAGGGAAUCAAAGGUGACGCUAGAGAUGCUUGGAAGAAAAUUGAAGAAUCAUUCUCCUUGUGAGGUGCGUAGUUGCUUAAAGUUAGUGGGUAGCAGCCCGGGAAAAUUGACUGGUGAGCCUCGAAAAAUGAUGUGCUAGUUAUGGAUUGUUUUCCCUUUGGACUAGUGGAGUUGUAUGUGUUCUUGCCGAGAAAUCAAGCAACUUAUGCUUUGGCUUUUGACUUUUGACCAUCCAGUCAGGGAUUGAACCAUCCUCUUUAUUUUGAUGGCAAAUAAAAAUAACCUUUUUGGUUCUAA